AAUCGUUUUUUUAGGAAAAUUCCUGCGUUUUAAAACACAUUCCUAUUUUUGUACUGACUACAAUGAUGGAGCCUUUUUCUGACCAGAUUGUGAUGUUCAUGCUGGCUGCAAGCAUGAUGGAGGAAGAAAGUGCUGAUGAACAUCAGGAUCCAGGUCAGCAAAUGUCUGCAUUGGGUGAGCCAGUAUUGCGGGUUUCAUUUCCACGUCCACGCCAGUAUCGCACUAGGCGUGAACUGGAGGAUCUCAGCGAGUUCGAGGUGAUACAAAAUUAUCGCUUAUCGACUCGCGACAUAUAUUCGCUGUACGCUCUGUUGGAGGCCGACCUUGAACCUCGGGCACGGACAAAUCGUGCAGUCAGCGGUUUCCAGAAACUGCUGGCGACGUUACAUUUUUUGGCGUCAGGCACAUUCCAGCCUACACUGUCUCAAACAUGCGGUUUUUCACAGUCGACACUGUCGCGCUGUAUAACCCAGGUCAUUAGGGCUUUCCGCAAAUUGACGAUCCAGUACAUCACAUUUCCAGAGACGGACAGCGAAUGUCGUGAGAUCAAAUUAGGCUUUUUCAACAAAUACAAAUUUCCCAAUGUGCUGGGCGCGAUUGACUGUACCCACGUGCAGAUCAGACCGCCACGGAAUUCGGAGGAAUGUUUUCGGAACCGAAAACAUUUCCAUUCCCUGAACGUGCAGGCGGUCUGUGAUGUAAACAUGAGAUUUUUGAACAUUUUUGUGGGAUUUCCUGGAUCAUCUCACGACUCCUUCAUCCUAAGCCAGUCAUCGCUGUUUGACAAGUUCGAAACAGGAAACAUGCCUGGUGGCUGGCUGUUAGGCGAUGCGGGUUAUCCAAACAAACCGUGGCUCUUGACCCCAUUGUCUAAUCCUGUUGGUAGAGCAGAAAAACGUUACCAAGAGACACACAUUGCAUCGAGGCAAAUAAUUGAACGUGCCUUCGGUGUACUUAAAAGCCGGUUUCGAUGUUUAGACACUUCCGGCGGUGCUCUUUUGUACUCACCGGCGAAGGUUUGCGGCAUGGUAAAUGCAUGUUGUAUUUUACACAACAUAUGUGUCGCAAACCGUUUGCCGGUGACUCUUCGUCGCAGUGCUUUCCGACGCGGGAACCGGUCUUCUGCUCUACCGGUGGGUAUGGACGAAGGAGAGGAUUCCCGGCGGACAUUGAUCCAAAUUUUUUUUGCAGUUGCCUGUGAGUAUACUGACAACAUUUGUAUUAUCGUGUAA